AUGGGCGUGGUGAGUAAGCAUGGCAAGCGAAUGCCCCGCAUUCCGACGGCUUGUGGGCGUGAGUUUGUAUGCCACUACGCGAAGGAGUUCGUGAGCAAGAAAGUCAUUAUUUGUAGCAUUCGCCUGCCGUAUAGAUUAUUUCUGGACCUCGGCCAGGACUUGCGGGACACUUACGUGGUGACGCACUCGCAUGUGGACCACAGCUACUGCACUGUGAGCUUCUUAAGUACAGACCCGCAGGCGAAGGACGCGAAACAUCUCCAGCUGCUGGAGAUUUUGGACGAGAAGCUAUCACAGGAAGCCAUGGCGUCGGAAGUGAUUGCCUUCUUUUACAGGUCCACAGAAACGGCGGCGAAGCGAAAGCAAACAUCUGGUUGGAAUGUGGUCGCGUACUCGUUCUAUCUAGAUGCAGAGGAAGGAGACGAACACAAGAAAGGUACGCCUCUUGCUUCUCAUGUCGCUACCAACGAGGCCCGAGGCCUUGCGUCUGUCUUCUAUUAAGUCUGGCGCUAGUGAAGAGGAAAAGAAGGGCCAAAAGUUGGCCGGAAUCUGAAAAACUUAUCCAAUAUGCUUAUCCGCUUCGCAGAGCAAGGAGAAAAGCCUCGCCUUGGCGAAUGAGAGAAUUAAACAAUGGCUUGAGAGUGACCACGGUGAUGAAUUUAGACAUAUUGACUCCCAGCAUCAAUUAGCUGAUGCACUUACCAAGCCAUUUACAUUUACACGAGAGCAUCUUUUGUAUCAACUAAGCUGCAAUGGAAUACUGAGAGGAUGCCGUAAGACUAAAACUACUCGGCUAAAGAAGGCAAGUAGAAGCAAGCGGUGUUUUGCUUCAAAAUUUAAGAAUGCAACAGAUGCUUUCGAGCAAAGUGCAGUAGGUGAUACCACAGUUAGUUGUAUACCUGGACGAGCUGAUGCGAUCCAUGAAACCAUGAUCAAUAAAGAGCGGUAACAUCAGGUAGAUCUCUACGGACUGGUCUUGGAUCCCCCGUCCUGAUGUAAAUUGCCUCGUGCGGCGAAUUUUCUCACGUCGUCACUACCCAGAAGAUGAGUCGUGCGAAGAACCAUGUGAAGAUGAAAUAGUACUAGUAGAAGAACCAAUGGAAAUCUGGAGUGAUGAAGUAUAAACAAAGAACUUAACAGAGAUUGAUUAUUACCAUGAUUCGUCAUGAAAGAAC